CUAGUGUCUUACAGGCCGCUAGCGGAUUAUAUGCUCUCCGCGCGCUCGAGAGAGAAAGCGGCUCACGGGUGCAUUUCAGACGCGCUCACGCUGUAGACCAGUAGCUGAGACUGCCACCCAGCACUCCAGCAAAAAAAUCCGCUCCGCGCGGCGCUCAGCACGAGCAACAGCCUCGAUCCACCCGCAGCGAAACGCCAUGGCCGAGAUCACCGUCGGUUCAGAAGUAGAGAAGAAGUUCCCGGGCUACGGUGUUUAUCAGGGCACCGUCGAAUCCAUUGAUGGUGAUACGUGCCUCGUGCGGUGGCGCUGCGCCGAGCCCGAGGAACCCACGACUUUAACACUGGCCGAGGCCGCCAAGUGCCUCGUCACCAAGCACAAAUCACCCCCAUCGAAGAAGAAAGCCACGAAGAAGCCCGCGCCCAAGCGCGCCCCACCCACUGAUGAUGAAAAACCGUCAAAGAAGACGAAGAAGGACCCGCCCAACGCGGCAGCGCUCGCGAACGCGCCGGGCGACGCGAGCUGUGCGGCCGAGGUGCGCACGGGCCUCAAGAAGGUUGAGGCUUAUGCCCAGAACUGGUUGAGCAAGCACAAGAAGGAUGACGCGCCUUCGGGAAGUGAGGUCGUCGAGAUGUUGAAAUUGCUCAAUGGGAAAUGGCCGACGCAGGCCCGGCCGAACGUGACGGACACCGGAAGACCGGUGCCGGGCAUGUGCGCCGGGUUGGUGUUCGCUCUAGGGCAAGGUGCUCGCACGUCGCUGAUCUCGACCAAUCAUCCCCAGAUGACGAAAUUUCUGGUCAAGUGGUGCCGGGCGACGCUCCCGAAGACGAAGAAGGGCGCGGAGUUCCCCUUCUCGUCGCUGCAGGUCAAUUAUAAUUAUGCGGUGCGAUGCCGCGUAUCUUACCGUCGCGUCGAUGGCGUCCACCGUUGACACGCGCAGGCCAAGAAACAUGUUGAUGGGAAUAAUAUAGGACCGUCCUACAUCAUCUCGCUAGGGAAACACACGGGCGGCAACCUCUGGACGGCGGACCAAGGUAUCAUCGAGUGCCACGACCAGUGGAAAUUGUUCGACGGGAAUACCGAGCACUACACGACGCCCUUCAAAGGUGAAAGGAUUUCAUUUAUAGCCUUCGCCCACGAGCAGUACAACAAGCUCGAAGCUCCAAUCGCGAAGAACUUACAAAGCUUAGGCUUCACGGCGGCGCGGUCGGAUCGAAAGGAUCUGGAAUUCUUCGCUCGGUUUCGGAUUGAGCGUAGUUACUUGACGGAGGAACACAACGCCAAGUUCAAGGCCGAGCUCAAGAAGCGCGCGCAGAAAAGCGCGCCGGCCUCGACGCUCAAGCUGCAUGAUGUGGCGGUUGAGUGCUAUGGCAGGCAGGCGGACCGGGGCGGCGGCUGGAUGGCGUUCCACGGUAUUAAUGGUGUGGAGACGUUGCAACUCACCCCGAACAGUGUGGGCAUUUGGUGCGCGGAGCUCAAAUUUGUUGAUGGCAAGCUCGCGUUAGUUUCGCACAAGCGGUUGGACUUCUAUAAUAAGAGAGAAAAAGCCACCGCCGAGUUCCAGAAGCAAGUCGAGAAGAUGAAGGACGGCACGCCCGUGUUACUCGGUAUUGCUGAUACGGCCUGCGCCGCGUCGCGGCCGUUGGGCCAAGGUUUGUAUAAUGCGCUCUACAAGCUCGGCGCGCCCAAGGACAUGCCCAAGAUCGAGUACCGGGCGGCCUGGGCCUUUAUUGGCUAUAAAGGAGCGAAGGCUGGUACGGCGCAACACGCCAUGGGCACGCGGUCCACUCUAUUGAGAUUGGACGCGUCGAUCCCGAAGAAAGGGUCCCUGGUGAAGAAGGACGUCGACAACACGUCGAUCAUCGACGUCUGCAUCGGCACGGGCCAGGACUCUGCCAAAUAAGUAUCUAGUAACAAGCAGGUAGUUUACUUAGCGCGGAGCGUCGGCUCCGUGCGACACGAUGUUGCGCCUGGGGCGCGAACACAACACAAAAUCAGGUGGAGGGCUUCGCCAGGCUCCACUUCGAGGCGGAAGCGCGCGACUCCGUCAGAGGGCUCACCACUGGUUGCUCGAUGUCGAAGCUCACGGCGCGGACCCUCGUGUCCUCGGGCACGGCCUCCACGGGCGCCACGGGCUUGGCGUGGCGCGACGCCGAGAGCUCGUCUUCUGGGCCCUCCUUCGACUCCUCGUCGAGGACAGCGUCUACUUCUAUCGGCUUCUCCUCGGGCUCGGCGAGCGUCGUCCGCUUCGAUUUCAGGCACGCCGCGACGGCGCAGCAGACGAUGGCCAGGACGACCAGUAAAGAGGUCGUGGCGCGGCUCCGGCCGCCGCGGGAGGCCGCGUGGUGGACGGCCGUGGCGUUGUGCGCCGCGGCCACUGCCAGGCAGAGCGCUGCCCUGAUGUGGAUCGUCAUACCGCCGACCGGGGCUGCCGUUCACGGGCCAACGUGUUCGAAAUAAUACAUGGUACCGUGUUCGCGAAGCCCUUUUCGCGUCUGUCACCGUGCUUGCGCGCAGCGCAGAUGACAACAGGUCUGUGAUUCUGCAGACCUUCG